AUGGCUCAUAAACCCAACUCGUUUGGCCAUCCUUAUGGGGUAGACGUGCAUGUUGAGGACCAACCUGAUGAGCAAAUUCAGAACGACGACACGAUCCUUAUCGACAUAGACAAUCCCCUCGUUCGGCUCUCACCAGCAGAGCUUGUGGCGGAUGUAGAGAAUUUCGCGACGGUCAACGAUCUGACAAACAUUCUUGACCUUCUGAUCCAUGGCGCGAAAGUCGCCCGAGACCCGGAGGCAUACGCGACUGUCCCAGGCUUGACAGCCGAAGAGAAAGCUGCUCUGGAGAGAGAAAAGAAGGCGGGCUUUUGGCGUCAAACGAAAGAGCUGCGGACUACGAUCCUCACCUGCGCCAUUGCCGCCAUCUUGCAAGGCUGGGAUCAAUCUUCCAUGAACGGGGCCAACCUCCACUGGCCUCGCGAUCUCGGUCUGCAUGUUGGAGCAUCAACGGGAGACUCCCUUAGCGUUAAGAAAGAUAUCUGGAUUUUCGCCUUCAUCAACGCGGCACCUUUUCUCUUCGCAGCCUUGAUCGGAGCAUGGCUCAGUGACCCAUUGAAUGAGUAUGUCUAUGGAAGGAGAGCUGCGAUAUUCAUCUCAGCUCUGUUCUGCUUCUUUUCCGUCAUUGGAUCUGCUUGUACACAUACUUGGCAGCAACUCUUGGCUUGUCGCGUCCUCCUUGGUAUCGGCAUGGGCGCAAAAGCCUCCGUCGUCCCGGUGUAUGCCGCUGAGGUAUCCCCAGCCCAUAUCCGGGGAAGUCUGGUCAUGAGCUGGCAGCUAUUCGUGGCUUUCGGCAUAUUUCUAGGGUUCUCCGCUAAUCUAGUUGUAUUCGACAUCAAAUCCCUCGCGUGGCGGUUACAGCUCGCGGCUGCAAGUCUUCCGGCUAUCCCGUUGGUAUUCCUGAUCUUCGUCUGUCCCGAGUCUCCACGCUUCCUGAUCAAGAAAGGAAGGUUCAGAGAGGCUUAUACCAGCCUUUGUUAUCUUAACGAGACUCCACUGCAAGCAGCUAGGGAGCUCUAUUACAUCAGCGCACAGAUCGAAGCAGAGAAACAGUUGUACAUGAACAAGGACUCCCGCCGUAAGGAUCUGGAGCUUCAAGACAUCAUACCCGGAGAUAACGGUAACGUCCACGGAGAGCCUGCUGGUCGUUCGGCAGUCAUGAGCAACACGAGCUUCUGGAGGAGACUAUGGCGACUAGGCUCUGUGCCGAGGAUCCGGCGUGCUCUAUUGGCAGCGUUCGUUGUAAUGAUAUCGCAGCAGCUCUGUGGCGUCAACAUCAUAGCGUUCUACUCGUCGUCGGUCUUCUCCAAUCCAAACAACGAAGAUUUGACCCCAGAGCAGGUCAAUAGCGACCACAAGCGCGCACUCUGGCUAGGAUGGGGCUUUGGACUUACUAAUUUCCUCUUCGCAUGGCCAGCGUACGGCGCUAUCGAUCGAAGGGGCAGGCGGGCGCUGCUCCUCUUCACCAUUCCCGGUUUAGCAUUGACACUGCUUGCCGCCGGCUUCAGUUUCCAGCUUCCGGUGAACAGUAAAGCAUAUAUUGGAGUGAUAACCUUCUUCAUCAUGCUCUUCUCCGUCUUCUACUCCCCGGGUCUUGGGCCCGUCCCAUUCACAUAUUCCGCAGAAGUAUUCCCGCUUGUGAACAGAGCAGAAGUUGGCAUGUCCUUUGCUGUAUUCUGGAACCUGUUGGGUGCCGGCAUUCUUAGCUUGAUUGUGCCAGUCCUGAACGACGCACUGAAAGCAACAGGGCUGAUGUGCCUGUUCGCCGGACUGAAUGUGAUAGCGUUCAUCCUCGUCUUCCUUUUUGUAUACGAGACCAAGGAAGCGACCCUCGAGGAACUGAACUCCAUAUUCUCCGUAAAGACAAGAAGACACAUUGAGUACCAGGUCAAAUACGUGCUGCCCUGGCCGUGGAAGUACUACAUCCGAAAGACGGUGAAAACAAGGCUGGAUCCACCGUACAGGUGGAGGCACGGAGCAUUGUAG